AUAAGCAAACAACAACUCCAAACUGUCAAGGAUCGUUUCCAAGCAUUUCUGAAUGGAGAGACUCAAAUUGUAGCAGAUGAAGCUUUCAUGAAUGCAGUCCAAAGUUAUUACGAGGUGUUUCUGAAGAGCGAUCGGGUGGCCAGAAUGGUACAAAGUGGUGGGUUCUCAGCUAAUGAUUCCCGGGAAGUCUUCAAGAAACAUAUCGAAAAAAGGGUCCGUAGCCUCCCUGAGAUUGAUGGCCUCAGCAAGGAGACUGUGCUAAGUUCCUGGAUGGCAAAAUUUGAUGCGAUCUAUCGGGGCGAAGAGGACCCACGCAAAGCUCAAGCCCGGAUGACAGCCAGUGCUGCCUCAGAGCUGAUUCUCAGCAAGGAACAGCUGUACGAAAUGUUCCAGAACAUCUUGGGAAUCAAGAAAUUUGAGCAUCAGCUGCUGUACAAUGCAUGUCAGCUGGAUAAUCCAGAUGAACAAGCAGCACAAAUCAGGCGGGAGUUAGAUGGACGUCUCCAAAUGGCAGAUCAGAUUGCAAAGGAGCGGAAAUUUCCUAAAUUUGUUUCCAAAGAAAUGGAAAACAUGUACAUUGAAGAACUGAAGUCGUCUGUCAACUUGCUGAUGGCAAACUUGGAAAGCAUGCCGGUGUCCAAAGGUGGUGAGUUCAAGUUGCAGAAGCUGAAGCGCAGCCACAACACCUCAAUCAUUGAUAUGGGAGAAGAAAAUGAAAACCAGCUUUCAAAGUCAGAUGUGGUGCUGUCUUUUUCCUUGGAGGUUGUCAUCAUGGAAGUCCAAGGUCUUAAAUCAUUAGCGCCCAACCGCAUUGUAUACUGCACUAUGGAAGUAGAAGGAGGAGAAAAACUCCAGACAGAUCAGGCUGAAGCGUCAAAACCAACCUGGGGCACUCAGGGUGACUUCAACACGACACAUGCCCUUCCAGCAGUGAAGGUGAAACUAUUUACAGAGAGCACCGGCGUUCUGGCUUUAGAGGACAAAGAACUUGGGCGGGUCGUUCUUCAUCCUACACCAAACAGCCCAAAACAAUCAGAGUGGCACAAGAUGACUGUUUCGAAAAACUGCCCUGAUCAUGACCUGAAAAUCAAACUUGCCGUUCGAAUGGAUAAACCUCAAAAUAUGAAGCAUUCUGGGUAUUUGUGGGCCAUUGGUAAAAAUGUCUGGAAGAGGUGGAAGAAAAGAUUCUUUGUGCUGGUUCAGGUUAGCCAAUACACAUUUGCUAUGUGCAGCUACCGAGAGAAAAAAGCUGAACCUCAAGAGCUGUUGCAGCUUGAUGGAUACACUGUUGACUACACGGACCCACAACCAGGUUUGGAAGGUGGCAGAGCAUUCUUCAAUGCAGUGAAAGAAGGUGACACAGUGAUUUUUGCGAGUGAUGAUGAACAAGACCGCAUCCUGUGGGUCCAAGCCAUGUACCGAGCUACCGGCCAGUCCCACAAACCUGUCCCACCCACUCAAGUUCAGAAGCUUAAUGCGAAAGGAGGGAACGUGCCCCAGCUCGAUGCCCCAAUCUCACAAUUUUCUGGACUCAAGGAUGCAGAUAGAGCUCAAAAGCAUGGCAUGGAUGAAUUUAUCUCUUCCAAUCCCUGUAACUUUGACCACGCUGCACUCUUUGAGAUGCUUCAGCGCCUCACUUUGGACCACAGACUUAAUGAUUCCUAUUCUUGUCUGGGCUGGUUCAGUCCUGGCCAGGUGUUUGUGCUAGAUGAAUAUUGCGCACGUAACGGAGUCAGAGGCUGUCACAGGCAUCUCUGCUACCUCAGUGAUUUGCUUGAGCGAGCAGAAAAUGGAGCAAUGAUUGACCCCACCUUGCUUCACUAUAGUUUUGCCUUCUGUGCAUCACAUGUUCAUGGCAACAGGCCUGAUGGAAUAGGAACUGUAACCAUAGAGGAAAAAGAACGGUUUGAAGAAAUCAAAGAGAGACUGCGAUUGUUAUUGGAAAACCAGAUCACACAUUUUAGGUAUUGCUUCCCAUUUGGACGACCAGAAGGUGCUUUAAAAGCCACACUAUCCCUCCUGGAAAGGGUUUUGAUGAAAGACAUAGUUACUCCAGUCCCUCAAGAGGAGGUAAAAGCUGUCAUCCGUAAAUGCUUAGAACAAGCUGCAUUGACUAACUAUACUCGGCUAUCAGAGUAUGCCAAAAUUGAAGGGAAAAAGAGAGAAAUGUAUGAGCAUCCUGUCUUCUGCUUGGCCUCUCAAGUGAUGGAUUUAACCAUUCAGAAUCAAAAGGAUGCAGAAAAUGUAGGUCGGUUAGUCACACCUGCCAAAAAGCUAGAAGAUACAAUUCGCUUGGCAGAAUUGGUAAUUGAAGUUCUACAACAGAAUGAAGAACAUCAUGCUGAGGGGAAAGAGGCUUUUGCUUGGUGGUCAGACUUAAUGGUUGAACAUGCGGAAACCUUCCUCUCAUUGUUUGCGGUAGAUAUGGAUGCUGCACUGGAGGUCCAGCCCCCAGAUACCUGGGACAGCUUUCCACUCUUUCAACUCCUAAAUGAUUCCCUUCGUAAUGACUAUAAUUUGUGCAAUGGAAAAUUCCACAAACAUCUUCAAGACCUGUUUGCUCCACUUGUCGUUAGAUAUGUCGAUCUCAUGGAGUCCUCGAUUGCACAAUCAAUUCACAGGGGCUUUGAGCGGGAAUCAUGGGAGCCAGUAAAGUAA